UCAUGAGCUUGAGUAUCACUCAGAGACGACUCAGUUCUGACUUUUCUCCUGGAGCUCUGAGAGAAUCCAGGCCACUUGGAGGAUCAACUGACUGACUGCACCAGAAUUGCUUCCUGGUAGAGACACAGUCACUCAGGUUUUCUAUCAAGUGUGAAUACUUGGAGCCAGAAGCCUUAGAUGCAAAAGAACAUGGAGCAUUUGUCUUUCUGAAUUUGUGCUCCCACUCGCAUCAGAUCCAGGUAUCUUCCUGAAGAAAGACAUUUUAACUUGUUCUUUGGAAAUCUCUCAAGAUCAAAUUUGUACAUAGACCACACUUCAUAUAUUCCCAAGAUGACCGACAAGGAAAUCACUUACACAACUGUGAGAUUCCAUAGGUCUUCAGAGUUGCAGAACCGAGGAAGACCUGAUGAGGCACAAAGGUCCAGAGUAGCUGGGCAUAGAAAAUCAUCAGCAUCCUGGCACUUCUUUGUGAUACCUCUCGGAAUCCUUUGUUCCAUUCUGCUGGUGACAGUGGCAGUGCUCGUGAUGCUCAUUUUUCAAGAUAAAUAUGAGCUAAUGAAAUGUCAAAACAACCUUGAUCAAAGCACUGCACAAAAUACCAGCUUCUUUAAUAAAACAUUGACAAAUACAUCAUCAGAUUAUAAAGACUGCAAAAAUCAGGAGGAACUGAACAGAUGCUGUGGGAAAACUAAGGCUGUUUUAGAUUACAGAAAGUACACAGGCAAAUGUAAUGAAGCACACUUGUUCUGCUGUGGUAUAAAAUGUUAUUAUUUCAUCAUGGACAAUAAACAUUGGAAUGACUGCAAGCUGACCUGCCAGGACUGCAGCUUAUCCCUUUUGAAGAUAGAUGAGGAUGAUGAACUGAAGUUUCUAAAGUACCAUCUUACUAGAGACACUUUCUGGAUUGGAUUAUCUUAUGAGAUAAACAAAAGCAAAUGGCGGUGGAUUGACAAUAGGCCAUCUAAUCUAGAUUUGAUGAAAUUAAAAUUAUUAAAGGAAAAUGGAGGCUGUGCAUGUCUCAGUUUUCGAGGAAUACAUGAAGGAGACUGUGCUACAAAACACCCCUGCAUCUGUGAAAAGAGAAUGGAUAUUCUUCCUGAUUCAGAGUGCAAUAAGAAGGGAAAAAACCAGAAAACCAAACCAGCAACAAACCAAACAGACAAACAAAUAAGCAAGUCCUCAAAAGAUGAACAAGUAGCUCACAGUUCAUCUCUUGUGGACGACGUGCAAGAGCUUGGCUCUCAACAUACAAUUUCCUCUUUUCACUUUGGUCGAGAGGAGGGGCAGAACAAUACGGGCUGGAGCAUCUUACAGAAAGAACUCUCUUCUGUGUUUCAUUUGGAGCUACUGAGGGAAAUCAGGACUGGAAAGAACAACUUGUUCUUCAUCCUUAGCUUCCUCCAACUGCAUCACCACCUGGAUGAGAUGAAGAAUCAGCAAGUGAUAUAUUCAAACUCAAGAGUUUUUGAGUCUUCUUCAGAGUCACAGAGUCCAGCCAGUCAGGAUGAGACUCAAGGUCCCAGAGAGGUUGGCCACAAAGUGGCUCUGGUGAUCCUUUGCUUACUUCUGAUGAUGGCAAUCGUGGUGUGGCUGACAUAUAUUUUUCAGUGUAGUCAAGAAAAAUAUGAUCAAAGCAACCUCUAUCAAACCAUUAGACAAAAUAUCAACUCCUUUAAUAAAACAUUGACAAAUGAGUCCCCAGAGCAUGAAGACUGCAAACAUGAAAAGGAACAGAACAGAUGCUGUGAAAAAACUAAGGCUAUUUUAGAUUAUGGAAAGUACACAGGCAAAUGUGCUGAAGCACACGUGUUGUGCUGUGGUAUAAAAUGUUAUUAUUUCAUCAUGGACAAUAAACAUUGGAAUGACUGUAAGCUGACAUGCCAGGACUGCAGCUUAUCCCUUUUGAAGAUAGAAGAUGGUGAUGAACUGAAGUUUCUAAAGUACCAGAUUACUGCAGACACUUUCUGGAUUGGAUUAUCUUAUGAGAUAAGCAAAAGCAAAUGGCAGUGGAUUGACAAUGGCCCAUCUAAUCUAGAUUUGAUGAAAUUAAAAUUAUUAAAGGAAAAUGGAUACUGUGCAUGGCUCAGUUUUCGAGGAAUACAUGAAGGAGACUGUGGUACAAAACACCCCUGCAUCUGUGAAAAGAGAAUGAAUAGAUUUCCUGAUUCAGUGUGCAGUAUGAAGGGAAAGUAAAAAGUGAAACAUUUUAUCAUCUUUGCUGGUAUCCUGUGAUGAUUUGUGACUGCUUAAUGACUAAAUGUUUUAACCACAGCACUCAGCUAGCCAAGCAAAUAUGGCAAUGAGGCAAUGAUCUGGAAAAGAAAGGAAUGUUCUGCUUAAAUAUAACAACACACCACAAGUCAUCCUCCUUCCUACUAAAUACAUUACUUAUGUCUGGAGAAUGGAUGCCCUAUGCCCCAAGCCUUAAGGAAUCACACCUUUGUUUCCUGAAUGUCACACAGAAACAAAUGCAGAACCCUGAUAAAUAUCACAAGUAACUCACCAUCACUAUGAUAAACCUUUUCAAUAUUCCACUGCUUUGACAUCACAAUUAAGAACUAGAAUGCAGUUUCGGGAUUCUAUUUGUAGUUGGUUGCUUAAAGUUUGUAAUUCUGCUCGCUCUCUCUCUCUCUCUCUCUCUCUCUCUCUCUCUCACCUCUUUCUUCUUCCUUCUCUUCUCUCUUUCCUCUUUCUCUUUCUCUUUUUCUUUCUCUUUCGCUUUCUGUCUGACCAUUUGUUGAUAAGUUGAAAUUCGCUAGAUACAAGAAUAUUCUUUGAGGCCAUCUGGAUGUCAUGGCUCAGGCUUAUAAGUAAUUGAGUUUGAAUGCAGUCUGGGCUACAUAGUAUGCUUCAGGCCAUCAUGGGCUACAGAAAAAGACUGUCUCAUGAAGCAUAAUAAUAAUAAUAAUAAUAAUAAUAAUAAUAAUAAUAAUAAUAAUGGCGGUAAUAAUAAUACUAAACUGUCCAUAAAUAUUUUCUAAGAUGUUUCUGUUAUAACAUCAUAUUAAAAUGAAAAACUUCAAGAAAUUCAGUAUUGACCUAGUCAUAUGAUCUAUUCCAUACUUCAUAUUAAUAAUUGUCAGUUUUCUGGUUUAUGUCACUAUUGAUAUUUCCUCAUAUUCACUAUCAUCCAUGCUUUCACUUGUAAGGUCCUUUAGCUCUAAAAUGGUUAUAGACUUAUGAUGCCUUUAUUUUUUGACCCUGACAUUAAAAUAUCAAAUUUGACAUUGGAGUGUAUAUGUAAUUAAAUGCCACCAGUGUAAGUCAUUAGACAUGAGUUUAAAAACAUGUCCAUAUCUUCAUGAACCAUUUUGCAGGUUAGUUUUUUGUCAUUUUGACACAAGCUAGAUUCAAUCUGAAAGAAGAGAACCUCAAUUAAGAGUGAGCCUCAAAAAGAUCUGGCUGUAGGGAAGCCUAUAGAGCUUUUUCUUAAUUAGUGACAGAUUGAGAGGCUCAGUCCUUUAGAGGACGUAUGACCCAUGGACUGACGGUCCUGUGUUCUAUUAAGAAAGCACGCUGAACAAGUCAUGGGAAACUUCAAGCAAGCAGCACCUCUCCAUGGCCUGCACAUCAGCUUCUGACUCCUGGGUCCUACCAGGUUUGAGUUUUUGUCCUGACUUCCUUCGAUGAUGAACAGCAGACCUGAAGUGUAAGUCAUAUAAACCUUGUCCUUUCAACUUUCUUUUU